UGGCUCUCGCUGCAGGGUUAUUGGCAGACGGCUGAGAUCUCCCCCAGCGGGUUCCCACGCCGGCCGUGGCACUGCGAGAACCUGGCAGACCCCUUCCCCGUGCCGUACACCCUGGCGGAGGAGGGGGACCUGACCGAGCCCCCCUUUGAUCAAGGAUCCCCCCUGGCCCCGGAGCCGCCAGCCCUCGCCGACAUCCGCAACUACCAGCAGCAGCCCGGCGAGCCUGAGUUCCCCGCCCCGGGCGCCCUGGAGGAGAGGGUGCAGCAGCUGGAGGAGCUGGUGGAUGGAUUCGGGGCCAUGCUGGACAUGGUCAAAGCGCAGAGCUCGGAGCUGCUGGCCCGCGUGAAGUCCCUGGAGAGCUGCGAGUGCCGGAGGCCGGCGUGCGUGUGGGAGGGGACGCAACGCGAGGACGGAGCCACCUGGGACAAGGACGACUGCACCACCUGCAUCUGCCUGCAGGGGGAGGUGCGGUGCUCGGCGCGCCAGGACCGCCCCCAGUGCCUAGGCUGUGAGUACGACGGGCAGCGGUACCAGGACAGAGACGUCUUCCUGGCGCCAUCCAAUUCCUGCAUGAACUGCUCCUGCUUGGACGGGAACGUCCAGUGCUUCCGACUCGUCUGCCCGCAGCUCCACUGCGCCACCCAGGAGGAGGUGCCCGGGGCUUGCUGCCCCCGCUGCCAGGGCUGUGUGGAUGGAGCCGCCCGGCGGGAGCACGGUGAGGAGUGGGCGCCGCGUGCAGACCCCUGCCAGAGCUGCCGGUGCUUGGAUGGCCGCGCCGUGUGCAGGAAGAGGCAAUGUGCUAGGCUGUGCCGCCACCCUGCCAGCCCCCGGCCGGGCACCUGCUGCCCCGUCUGCGACGGCUGCUCGCUGGAUGGCCGGGAGUUUGCCAGCGGGGAGCCGGUGCCCAGCGGGGAGCCCUGCACCCAGUGCGCCUGCUUGAGCGGGAACGUGUUGUGCAAACCCACCGGCUGCCCGGCUGCCCCCUGCUCGGAGCCCAUCCGGAGACCUGGCGAAUGCUGCCCGCGGUGCCAGGACUGCCUCUACGACGCCCAGCCCGUCCCGCACGGCGCCGUCUUCACCCCCCCGCAGGAGCCCUGCCUCCACUGCCGCUGCCAGGCCGGGGAGGUGUCGUGUGAGCACCUGGAGCAGAGCUGCCCACCCGCGCCCUGCAGUCACCCGGGCACCGCCCAGGGCCAGUGCUGCCCGGCCUGCCACACGUGUGAGUACGAGGGGCACCUGUACCGGCACGGAGAGACCUUCACGCCCCCGGGCCACGGGCCCUGCGUGCGGUGCACCUGCUCGGCUGGGCACGUGCAGUGCCAGGAAGAGGGGUGCCCCCCCGUGCCCUGCGCCCAGCCCAUCCGGGACCCCCAACGCUGCUGCCCCGUCUGCAAAGUGUGCGUGCUGGCCGGGGAGGAGUUCGAGGAGGGGGCGCAGUGGGAGCCAGACGGGGACCCCUGCACCACCUGUACCUGCCUCGCUGGAGAGCCCGUCUGCGGGGCUCCACCGUGCCCGCCCAUCGCCUGCCAGCACCCCGCCCGGCUGAGCGGGGACUGCUGCCCGACCUGUGCCCAGUGCGCCUACCACCAGCACGUCUACGCCAACGGGCAGGCCUUCGCCGACCCUCACAGCCCUUGCCAGCGCUGCCAGUGCACGGCCGGGACCGUGCAGUGCUCGCCUGUCGCCUGCCCCCCGCCCAGCUGCCCCCGCCCGGAGAGGCAGCCCGGCCAGUGCUGCCCCACGUGUCCGGGCUGCAGUGUGGAGGGGGCCGCGGUGGCGACGGGCGAGCGGUUCCCCAGCCCGCGGGACCCCUGCCAGCUGUGCAUCUGCACCGACGGGGUCGUCAGCUGCUCCUCCCGCGACUGCCCUGGUGCCCUGUGCGCCCGCCCCCUGCCCGGCUCCUGCUGCCAGAACAACUGCAAUGGACUCCUGGGUUCUCUCCCCGGCGGUGCCUGGCUGGCUCUGACCUGCAUCUCUCCCCUGCAGAACGGCAAUGUUCAGUGUCUGUCACGGCGCUGCCCCCCCCUGCUCUGCGCGGAGCCCAUCCUGGUGCCCGGCGGGUGCUGCCCCCAGUGCCCAGAGCCCCCGGCUGGCUGCCUCUACGCGGGCGUCUCCUACCAGCACACGCAGCGAUUCUACGACCCCUCGGACUCCUGCCGCCACUGCAUCUGUGCCAACGGGACCGUCACCUGCCAGCGCCAGCCUUGUGCCCCCGUUCUCUGCACCCACCCCCUGCGGCAGGACUGCUGCCGCUCCUGUGAUGGCUGCCUGUACCAGGGGAAGGAGCUGCCCAACGGAGAGCAGUUCCCGGACCCCGCGGAGCCGUGCCGCAUCUGCACCUGCUGGGAGGGCAGCGUCUCCUGCCAGCCCAGGGCCUGCCCGCUGCUCCAGUGCCCCUUCCCUGCCCGGGGGCCAUGCUGCCAGGUCUGCGAAGGCUGCGAGUACCUGGGCGAGGGUUACCUCGAUGGCCAGGAGUUCCCAGACCCCCAGGACGCCUGCGGCCGCUGCGCCUGCCUCCGCGGCUUCGUCACCUGCACCAAGACGCCCUGCGAGCCGCCAGGCUGUCGCCACCCCACCAGUCCCCCCGGCAAGUGCUGCCCCGUGUGCCAGGCCCUCUGCACCCACCCCCUGCGGCGGGACUGCUGCCGCUCCUGCGACUCGUACCCCCCGAGCCCCCCGCUAGGCCCCCUGAACCCCCUGCUGGGCUCCCCGAGUCCCCCGUGGGGGCCCCCAGCCCUCUGCGCCCACCCCUGCGGCGGGACUGCUGCUACUCCUGUGACGGUACCCCCCAAGUCUCCUGCUGGGCCCCCCAAGUCCCCUACAUCCCCGUGCUCUGCUCCCCCUUGCAGCAGGAGAGCUGCCUCCUACAACAGGAACACCUCCCGACGGCCCCUGCCCCACGUCUCUGCUCCUGUCCCGCUCUCGUGCCCAGUGCCAUCGCCCGCUCUGCCCCCAGGCUGCCUGUACCAGGGGAAGGAGCUGCCCAACGGGGAGCAGUUCCCGGACCCCGCGGAGCCGUGCCGCGUCUGCACCUGCUGGGAGGGCAGCGUCUCCUGCCAGCCCAGGGCCUGCCCGCUGCUCCAGUGCCCCUUCCCUGCCCGGGGGCCGUGCUGCCAGGUCUGCGAAGGCUGCGAGUACCUGGGCGAGGGUUACCUCAAUGGCCAGGAGUUCCUAGACCCCCAGGACACCUGCGGCCGCUGUGCCUGCCUCCGCGGCUUCGUCACCUGCACCAAGACGCCCUGCGACCCGCCAGGCUGUCGCCACCCCACCAGUCCCCCCGGCAAGUGCUGCCCCGUGUGCCAGGGCUGCCACUUCCAGGGUCAGGACCUCGCGGACGGAGAGACCUUCCCGGCCCCCGGCGGGCGCUGCGAGCAGUGUCGCUGCCUGCAGGGAGAGGUGUCCUGCGGGCCCCUGUCCUGCCCUGGGGUGAAGUGCCCCCACCCAGCUGUGGGCCCCUGCGACUGCCCCGUGUGUGACGGCUGCAGCUUCCAUGGGCGAGCGUGCAGCAACGGAGACCGCUUCCCCGACCCCCAUGACGCCUGCCGCCUCUGCUCCUGCCUGGAUGGCAGCGUGACGUGUGUGCCCGUGCCGUGCUCCCCCGCCCCCUGCCGGAACCCUGUCAACCUGCCCGGCCAGUGCUGCCCCCAGUGCUCCGGCGCCUGCCGCUACCAGGGCCACCUCUACGAGAGCGGGACCACCUUCCGCCCCCCAGCGGGGGACCCCUGCUCCACCUGCACCUGCCUGGACGAAGCAGUGACGUGCCAGCGCGAGCCCUGCCUGCAGCAAUGCACCCACCCCGUGCCGCCCGCCGCCCCCUCCUGCUGCCCCGACUGCAACCGCUGCCUCUUCGAGGGCCAGGAGCUCGCCAGCCGCCAGGCCGUCACCCCGCCCUCGGACCCCUGCCAGCGCUGCCGCUGCCUGCAUGGCAACGUGCUCUGCGCCCCCGUCCUGUGCCCCCAGGUCGCCUGUGCCAGCCCCGUCCGGCGCCCGGGCCACUGCUGCCCUGAGUGUCCAGUGUGCCGGCACGGGGGGCAGGAGUAUCCCGAGGGCUCGCACUGGCCGUCCCCGACGGACCCCUGCCAGCGGUGCUCCUGUGCGGGCGGGGACGUGCUCUGCGUGAAGGCCCCGUGCCCCCCGCUGACGUGCACCCACCAAGUGAUAGAGCCCGGGGACUGCUGCCCCCGCUGCAAAGGCUGCAUGUACGACGGGCAGGAGCACGCCAACGGCACCAGCUGGUUCUCCUCCCCCUGCGUGUCCUGCCUGUGCACCCACGGCAUCGCCACCUGCGCCCAGAUCCGCUGCCUCGGCUCCUGCCUCCGCCCCGUCCAGGUGCCCGGGGAAUGCUGCCCACUGUGUGCAGGUGCGAGGGCGGGCGCGGCUCUGCCAGGCCCACACAGGGACGGGGAGGGGGCACAGGGGCUCAGAGGUGGACAGCUGCUGCAGAAGAGGGCACAGGGGCUGGAGCCGUGGGGUCGUAGAGUCAAAGGCUGGACAGGACUGUCUGACACCCCCCUCUCCCCCCCCCCCCCGCCUGGCACAGGCCAGAGAGCUGUCCCUGUUACCCCCAUAUCGAACCCAGAGACCUGCGGCCAAAGCACCUCUGUGACAAUGCGGUUCUGGCGGAACCCAACUGAGAGUGCCAACUCAGGACAAAUUGCUCAAACAAGGCAGUUACAGCCCAAGGCCGGGGUUUUUCCAAAUCACAGCCUGGCGCUGGGCGUGUGGAAUUGCUUAUCGACGGUGUCACGGACCAUGGCUGAAUCCCGGCCCCCGCUCUUCUCAUUGCAGGAUCUCACCUGGGUGUGUGUGCGCCAGGGCUGUCCGCAGCUCAGCUGCCCCCUUGCCGAGCAGUUCACCCCCCAGGGCACCUGCUGCCCCGUCUGCGACGAGUGCGUGAUAGAGACUGGAGGGCGCCGGAUGUCGGACGGUGAGAGCUGGACGGACAGCGAGGGCGACUGCAUCAGCUGCACCUGUAAUCGGGGCCAUGUGGAGUGCCACAUCGCAGAGUGCGAACCCGUGGAGUGCCAGGGCGGCCUGCGGAAGGUGCAGAUGCCCGGCUCCUGCUGCUACAAGUGCCAAGACCCGGACGGCUCCUGCUCCUACCAGGGCCAGCAAUACCAGGCCAGCGAGCACUGGCAGGUGGACACCUGCACCGCCUGCACCUGCGUCUCUGGGGAGGUGCACUGCCGGAGCCAGCGCUGCCCCCCGCCCGCCUGCGCCGCGGAUGAGACGCCCGCGCUAACGCCAGGCAUGUGCUGCCCUCACUGCCUGCCCCGCCCCGCCACCUGCCUGGCCUUCGGCGACCCGCACUACCGCACCUUCGACGGGCGGCUACUGCACUUCCAGGGCACCUGCACCUACGUCCUGGCCCAGGACUGCCAGGGGGGGGACUUCAGCAUCCACGUGACCAAUGACGACAGGGGUCGCCCGGGCGUGGCCUGGACCAAGGAGGUGACAGUGCGAGUCGGGGACGUCGUGGUGCAGCUGCUGCAGGACUGGCUGGUCAGGGUGGACGGCCAGGUGGUGACCCUGCCCUUCCUCAAGGAGCCCCACCUCUACGUCGAGCGCCAAACCAACACCGUCCUGCUCAACACCAACAUCGGGGUGAAGGUCCUGUGGAGCGGGCGCUCGCAACUGGAGGUCAGCGUGCCCGGCACCUACAAGGGGCACACGUGCGGCCUGUGCGGCGACUUCAACGGCCACCCGCAGGACGACGCCCGCCUGCGCUCGGGGCAGCUGGCCCGCGCCGAGGCCGCCUUCGGCAACAGCUGGAGGGUGAGUGGGGCCAGGCAGGGCCGCCCCAGGAGCACCGACGGGCGGGAUGUGGAUCCCUGCAAGGAGGCCGGCUACCGUGCCCGCAAGGAGGCCAACGCCCGCUGCAAGGUGCUGAAGUCGGGGGCCUUCGAGCCCUGCCACCCCCUGGUGCCCCCGGAGCCCUUCUUCGCCGCCUGCGUCUACGACCUGUGCGCCUGCGGGGCCGGCGCCGACCAGUGCCUGUGCGACGCGCUGGAGGCCUACGCCGCCCUGUGCCGCCGGGCCGGGCUGGCUCUGCGCUGGCGCUCGCCCACGCUCUGCGCCGUCGGCUGCCCCCAGGACCGGGGCUACGUGUUUGACGAGUGCGGCCCGCCCUGCCCCAAGACGUGUUACAACAAGGACGCACCGCUGGGGGCCAUCGAGUCGCGCUGCUUCACGCCCUGCGUGCCCGGGUGCCAGUGCCCCGCCGGGCGGGUGGAGCACGAGUCCCACUGCAUCCUGCCUGAGGCCUGUCCCCAGGUCGUCUACGGCAACCUCUGAGCCCCCGGAGCCCCUGCCCCCGGGACGCCCAUGCCAUCCGCCAUGGCCCCGGGCCCGGCCACCCUCCCUCUCUCUGCCCCUGGGACCCCGACACCCUCCGCCAUGGCCCCAGGCCCGGCCACCCUCCCUGCCACAGCCCCCGGGACCCCCACACCCUCCGCCAUGGCCCCAGGCCCGGCCACCCUCCCUGCCACAGCCCCCUGGACCCCCACACCCUUCGCCAUGGCCCCAGGCCCGGUCACCCUCCCUGCCAUAGCCCCCGGGACCCCCACACCCUCCACCAUGGCCCCGGGCCCGGCCACCCACCUUCUCUCUGCCCCUGGGAUCCCGACGCCCUCCG